AUGAAGAAGGUUGCGUUUGUACUCACUGCUCUGAAGCCGGUUGUCUCUGAAGCCUCGACCGACAAAGACAAGGAGACUGAACGCGAAAAGCAACAGAAGGACUUGGACUCCUGGGUGGAAAACGAUUUCCUCUGUAAGAAUUUUAUUCUUAACGGUUUAUCUGAUGAUCUUUAUGACUAUUAUAAUUCAAACAAGUCAGCAAAUGAAAUUUGGGAGGCGCUGCAAAAGAAAUAUGAUACAGAAGAGGCGGGGACUAAGAAAUACUUUGUCAGUCGCUACCUGAAGUAUCAAAUGGUGGACGACGAAUCUGUGGAGGCCCAAUCUCACGAAAUUCAGAAAAUUGCGUACGAGAUUAUCUCAGAAGUUAUGACCCUUGAUGAACAGUUUCAAGUUGUUUUAAUUGACAAAUUACCUCCUUCCUGGAAGGAUUUUAAAAAUGUUCUCAGGCAUAAGACUAAGGAAUUUUCCUUAGAGAGUUUGAUCACCUGCCUUCGUAUCGAGGAGGAAGCAAGGAAACAAGAUCAGAAAGAAGAGGUGCUUGUUGUCUCUAACAGUAACCCCAAGAAGUCCACACCUACGGUUUUGAAGCCAAAUAGCAAAAAUUUUAAGAAUCAGAACCGCAACUCGAAUUCAAAUUCCAACCGCAACAACUAA